UAGAGACGCGUUUCCAUGUUGCAUUUGUGUUGUUUGCUUCAAUCAGCUCAGAGUGGAUUUUCUGAAAACUCUUUUGUAAACAGUGAAUCGCUUUAAUCAGCUCUGCAAAUUUAACACAAACCCUUUGCCCUUUAAGGGUAAAUUCUUUAAACGACGACAACAACGAGUGAAUAAGCGAAUUGUAAACACAUUUGAUUUGGAUAGUUUUUCAGAUGAAUCAUUCACAGUGGCCGCGAGCGAUUCGUUCUUCUCUGUUCAUCUCUUAAGUUUUGUUCGGUUUGUCUGUUUAUGUUCAGUUAAAAGACUACAUUCACCUUUAAUACUUGAGCUGCAUAAGCACUGUCCGAGUGUUGGCUCAUAAAGAGAGUAUUGUACCGCGGUAACCGCUUCUCUAUUCAGCAGAAACUAAACCGGUCAGAAAAAACCUAAACUGACCCAAGCCCCGUAACUGAUGAUCACUAUCGAGUUUCUAUGGCGACGUUCUCGUAGAGAAGAAGAACAGACGCGUGAUUUCUGAAACCAACUUUACACUGUGCGUGCACGCGCGCGUGUGUGUGUGAGAUUUCUAACAUUUCAAAGCUUAAGGAUUUUCUGCUCCAGCACAGGAAGGAUUAUGUCAACGCAGGCAGUUUAAUGUCCUCAGAUGUGUCUCGCAUGACAGACGGCGAGAGAGAUCAAAUCGAUCAAGAUGCUCAAAUCUUCAUGAGAACCUGCGCAGACGCCAUCAGCCAGCUGCGAUCUGAGACGGAUAGACAGGUGGUCUCAUCGCAGGUGAAGGAUCAUCGUGCAGCUGUGCUGGAUCUGAUAGACGUUUAUCUCAAAGGGGUGUGUAAACUGUAUUCUGAGCAGAGAGCAGUACGUGUGAAAAGAGUUGUGGACAAAAAGAGAUUGUCAAGACUAGAACCCGAGCUGCUCGGCAAAGAGAAAAAGCAAAGUGAUGUGGAGGAGAGCAAUGAAAAGGCAGUCUCAGACGGUAAUGUUGACCUUUGGGAGGACAGCAGAGUGGAGGACGACCUCUCACCAGAAGAAAUACAGAUGUUUGAGCAGGAGAAUCAGAGGCUGGUUGGGGAGAUGAACAGUCUGUUAGAUGAAGUCAGGCACAUUGAGGGAAAGGUUGUGGAAAUCUCUCGUCUGCAGGAGAUCUUCGCUGAGAAAGUCCUCCAGCAGGAGACUGAGAUCGACAACAUCCAUCAGCUGGUUGUUGGUGCCACAGAAAAUGUGAAGGAAGGAAAUGAAGAUAUUAGAGAGGCUAUGAAAAACAACGCCGGCUUCCGUGUAUGGAUUAUUUUCUUCCUGGUCAUGUGCUCUUUCUCACUGUUGUUUCUCGAUUGGUAUGGCUAAAGGACCAAUUCAGCUAUUACGUGUGUGUGCUUGCGCUCAAUAAUGCAUCUGUGUUAUGAGAUGUUCAUGUUAUUCAGACAGACUGCAGCUCCCUCUAGUGGAGCACAAAGUCUACAGCACAUUGAAAUCUCAGUCAUGAGUGUGAAACAUGUACAGUUAAAUCAUAUUCAAUAAACACUCAAUGAAGUA